AAACUCAGCAGAAAGACUGAGCAGAGAACAGAACAUGGAAGAAACCUUCUUGCUGUGCAGGAACUGGUAAGAAACACCUUCUCCAGCGGCAGACCCAGGCUGGAUAAUGAGAGCCAUGGAUGAGAUAGGGCUGUUGCCAAAGGGAGGAGAAAAAUGGUUCCUUCACUUAGGAGAACAAGCAGCUGGAGACCAUGGACCCCAAGGCAAAAGAAAUGUAUCCUCUGCCCACUUUGCCCUCCACGAGGUGCACUGCCUGAGGUUCCUGGUCCUGUGCCCAGAGUGUGAGGAGCCUGUCCCCAGGGAAAAGAUGGAGGAACACUGCAAGGAUGAGCACCAGCAGGCCAAGGAGUGCCAGGAACACUCCGCUGAGUGUAAGUUCUGUGAGCUGGACAUGCAGCUCAGCAGGCUGGAGCUCCACGAGUCCCACUGUGGCAGGCGGACGGAGCUUUGCCCAGGCUGUGGCCAGUUCAUCACGCGCCGGGUACUCACCGAGCACACACGUUUCUGUUGGAGUCAACAGGCCCAGCUCGGGAAAGGGGAAAGAAUUUCAGCACCUGAAAGGGAAAUCCACUGUCAUUAUUGCAACCAAAUGAUUCCAGAAAAUAAGUAUUUCCACCAUUUGGGUAAAUGUUGCCCAGACUCAGAGUUUAAGAAACACUUUCCUGCUGGAAAGCCAAAAAUUCUUCCUUCAUCUCUUCCAAGUCAAGCUGCUGAAAACCAAACUUCGGCAAUGGAGAAAGAUGUCCGUCCAAAGACAAAAACUAUAAAGAGAUUUAUUCUUCAUUCUGAAAGUUCAUCAAAGAAAACACCAAGAGGCAAAAGCAAAACCUUGGAUCCACUUUGGAUGUCAGAGCCCAAGCCCAGGACCACCUCCCCUAUAGAAGAUGAAGCAGCCUAUGACAUUCUGAAGAGAUGUUCUCAGUGUGGCAUCCUGCUUCCCCUGCCCAUCCUAAAUCAACAUCAGGAGAAAUGCUGCUGGUUAGCAUCAUCGAAAGGAAAAUAAGUGAGAAAUUUGAGCUAGAUUUGGCCAAGAAAAAGUACUACAAAUUCAGAAGAUUUCACUUUUAACACUGGCUUUCCUGCCUACUUGCUGAAAAAUGAUGGUUUUUAUUCAUUGGGCUUUAAAAGAAAAGGUUUGGCAGAACUAAAAACAAACCUAUAUAUAUCAUCUCAAUAGAUACAGAAAAGGUUUUUGAUAAAAUUCAACAUGACUUCAUGUUUAAAACCCUCAAGAAACCAGGCAUUGAAGGAACAUACCCCAAAAUAAUAAGAGCCAUCUAUGACAAACCACAGCCAACAUCAUACUGAAUGAAAAAGCUGGAAGCAUUCCCCUUGAGAACCAGAACAAGGCAAAAAUGUCCACUCUCAACACAGUCCUAUUCAACGUAGUACUGGAAGUCCUUGCCAGAGUAAUCAGGCAAGAAAAAGAAAUAAAAGGCAACCAAAUAGGAAGAGAGGAAACCAAAGUAUUUCUGUUUGCAGACAAUAUGAUUCUAUACCUAGAAAACCCCAUGGUCUUGGCCCAAAAGCUCCUGUAUCUCAUAAACAGCUUUAGUUAACUUUCAGGAGACAAAAUCGAUGUACAAAAAUCGGUAGCAUUUUUAUACACCAACAACAUCCAAGCUGAGAGCGAAUCAAGAAUGCAAUCUUGUUCACAAUCAUCACAAAAAGAAUAAAAUGCCUAGGAAUACAACUAACGAGGCAGAUGAAAGAUCUCUACAACAGGAAUUACAAAACACUGCUGAAAGAAAUCGGAGAUGACACAAAUGGAGAAACAUUCCAUGCUCAUGGAUAGGAAGAAUCAAUAUUGUUAAAAUGGCCAUACUGCCCAAAGCAAUUUACAGAUUCAAUGGUAUUCUUAUCAAACCACCAAUAACAUUCUUCAGAUAAUCAGAAAAAAAAAGAACUUUAAAAUUUAUAUGGAACAAAAAAAGAGCCGAAAUAGCCAAAGCAGUCCUAAAUGAAAAGAACAAAGCUGGAGGCAUCACAUUACCCAAUUUCAAACUAUACUACAGGGCUACAGUAACCAAAACCACAUGGUACUGAUACAAAAGAAGACACCUAGACCAAUGGAACCCAAUAGAGAGCCCAGAAAUAAAGCUACAUACCUACAAAUAAGCAAUGGGGAAAGAACUUCUCAUUCAAUGAAUGGUACUGGGAUAAUCAGCUGACCAUAUGCAGAAUAUUGAAAGUGAACCCCUUCCUUACAGCAUAUGCAAAAAUCAACUCCAGAUGGAUUAAAGACUUAAAUGUAAAACCCCAAACUAUAAAAACUUGGGAAGAUAACCUAGGCAAUACCAUUCUGGACAUAGGAAUGGGCAAAGAUUUCAUGACAAAGAUGUUCAAAGCAAUUGCAACAAAAGCAAAAACUGACAAAUGGGACAUAAUUAAACUAAAGGACUCUACACAGCACAAGAAACUACCAACAGAGUAAACAGCCCAUAAAAUGGGAACAAAAUAUUUGUAAACUCUGCAUCUGACAAAGGUCUAAUAUCCAGAAUCUAUGAGGAACUUAAAUAUGCCAACAAGCAAAAAACAAACAACCUAAAUAAAAAGUGGAAAAGGACAUGAAUAGACACUUUUCGAAAGAUAUACGUGUGGCUAACGAGCAUAGGAAAAAAAUGUUCAACAUCACUUAUCAUUAGAGAAAUGCAAAUCAAAACCACAACAAGAUACUCUCACAUCAGUCAGAAUAGUUAUUACUAAAAAGUCAUGAAAUAACAGAUUCUGGUGAGAUUACAAAGAAAAGGGAAUGUUUAUACACUGCUGGUGGGAAUAUAAAUUGGUUCAGGUAUUGUGGAAAGCGGUUUGGCAAUAUUGCAAAUAACUUAGAACUACCAUUCAACUCAGCAAUCCCAUUGUUGGGUAUAUACCCAAAGGAAUAUAAAUCAUUCGUCAUAAAGACACAUAUACAUGAAUGUUCACUGCAGUACUAUUCACAACAGCAAUGUCAUGGAAUCAAACUAAAUGUCCAUCAGUGGUAGAACGGAUAAAGAAAAUGUGGCACAUAUACACCAUGGAAUACUAUGCGGCCAUAAAAAAGAAUGAGAUCGUGUCCCCUGCAGCAACACGGAUGGAGUUGGAAGCCGUUAUCCUAAAUGAACUAAUGCAGGAACAGAAAACCAAAUACCACAUGUUCUCACUUAUAAGUAGAAGCUAAACACUGAGUACACAGAAACACAAAGAAGGGAACCACAGACACUGGGGCUGGAAGGAGGGUGAGGACUGAAAAACUACCUGUCUGGUAUGAGGCUUAUUAUCUGGAUGAUGAAAUAAUCUGUACAACAAACCCUCACGACCUGCAAUUUACCUAUAUAAUAAACCUGCACGUGUGCCCCUGAACCUAAAACAGAGGUUAAAAGAUUUGGACUAUUUUCCUUCUUUUGAACAAAGACAUUUGUUUGCCCAAGGACUACAAAUAAGCCAAGGGGAGAGAAGGAAGGUUCCAGUUCUGCCUGAAAAUUCUGAUUAAGCCCCUGGGCCCUACAGCCUGGACACCUACAGAACCCAGCUUUGUCCCCAAAGAAUAAAAAUGCCUCUCUAAAA